AACUCUUAAAUGUUUAUUACGAACAAUUUCUUUACAACCAGGAAUUAAUAAAUUUAUUUUUGAGCAUCUUCGGCAGCAUAUUGCACAAAUUAACGAUGAAAGAGAUAAACUAUGCAUAUUAAUGUGGGACGAGAUGUCAUUAGAAGCCAAUUUGCAAUAUGACCAAUUGAAUGACAGAAUAAUUGGUUUUGAAGAUUGGGGACAUAGACGUACAUCAUUGAUAGCCGAUCAUGUUUUGGUUUUUAUGGUAAGAGGAAUUUUUAAAGGAUGGAAAAUUCCAUUAUCUUACAACUUUUGCAAAAGUCAAACGAAAUCUGCACAGUUAAUAAGAUGCAUUAAAGAAAUUAUAAAAGAAUUAACUCAAGCUGGUUUGACAAUUAUUGCAACUGUAUGUGAUCAAGGAGGGCCAAAUAUGACAUCCAUUAAGAAACUUCUCGAGGAUUCAAGAAGUAAAUGUAUACAAAUAGGCCAAGAAUAUCGAGGUUUUAUUGAACUUUUUGGGCAAAAUAUUGUACCUAUCUAUGAUCCACCACAUCUUUUAAAAGAAAUCCGUAAUAAUUUAUUAUUUAAAAAUUUGGAAAUUAAUGCUACUAAUUCAGGAACAAAGGAACAACAGUUUGCAUCAUGGGAUAUCAUUGAACAGGCAUAUAAAAUGGAUAUUUACACAAAUACAUUGAAUCGUAAAUUGCCAAAAUUAACUGAUGAACAUGUUAUUAGAUCAAAAAUUAAAAAAAUGAAAGUUAAAUGUGCUGCUCAAAUUUUUAGUGCAAGAUUAUCAGCAUAUAUUGAAUACAACAGCAAAAUCAAAGGAGGAUUUGUGGAGACACAGAUUGGUCCACUACAAAUAUCAAAGGCAGGAUAUAAUACAGCAAUAGUAUUAGAUUUUUUUAAUAAAGUUUUUAAUUCCGUGAACGCACAUACUUUGCAUCCAGAAACUUCUUUACGUGUUGCGGUAACAAGAAAUAGCAAACAUCAUGAUUUUUGGCCACAUGCUAUUAAAUUAUUGUCCGAUAUGCGAUAUGUUGAUCCAAAAAGUAAGCAACCAGUUAAGUGCAUACCAUCAUUAAAAAAUUGGAUUUUUACUCUACGUGGAUUUCAAAACAUAUGGAAAAUAGUUAAUAAUGCAGAUAUACAAUUUUUAAAGACGAGGAAUAUUAAUCAAGAUCCAUUAGAAAAUUUUUUUGGUAUGAUUCGUAGUCACGGACGUAGAAAUAUUAAUCCUUCAU